UAUUGGCUAGGAUCUAAUUAGCCUGAAUAUAUAAGGACAGGUAACAUAUCCUAAAGUAACACUGCACCUGUACCUAAGUAAAGAGAAAAAACAAUUAGUCUAUUCAUUCUUGCCGGACUCAACCUUUAAAAGUAGGUAAGAAGACAAAAUGCAAACGCAUCCUCAGAUUUUACAUUACAGUAGCAAAUAUCCCUCACUAGGCAAAGAAGGGGCUGACAAAGUUUUGGAAAUCUAUGUGAAGCGUAGUCUGAGUUUAAGUGAAGGCACACAGAAAAUGAACUGCAAGUUCAAGCCUGGCUCAGUGCCACUAGUGCAACCGCACUACAGAAAAGUAACAAAACUAGGCAGAUCACUUAGCGACUUCCAUGGAUACUCAAAGAACAGAAUUAAUAAGGACAAGGCAAUGAAAAUUAACCCAUUCACAGCCACAACUCCACAGGAAUGUACACCCAAAUCCACAAAGGACAGCCUUGGGUGCCCCCAGAACAGAAGCAGUAGUGAGAAGGAGUCAAAGAGUUCUAGAAGCAGAAAGAAAACACCAUCUGUGUUCAGGUUCUUUGUGAGUCUGUUCUGGAAGAAGAAAGAUGUAGAAAAGAAGCCAAAUGUAAUUUCUCCAUUGAAACCUGCUACAAAUAAUUCAUUAGAUGGGAAUGCAUUUCCUGAGAAUGACGUAUGCUGCCCAUCCAGUAAUGAAACUAAGAAGAAAACCAGCAUUAAAAGAGUGUUUUCUCUAAAACUAAACCUGCCUCAAGAGCACAGAACAGCAAGUCCUGAAACACAAGCCAGCACCAAAUGCAAACGCAAGAAGCCAACAUCACUGCCUCUUAAGGAUAUCUGCAGGCCAAAAUCAGUAAAGCACUGUGAUGGCGACCCCUCUGCUGAUUACUAUGAACAAGUAUCUCAAGAGAUAGAGAAGAUUGUGAAACAAAGUGAGCCGACCAAUGAAGCAGCAGAUCGAAACAAGGCACUGCAGGAUGCUAAGAAACAAAAGCCUCCUGACGAAGAUUCUGUGGAUAUCCUUAUACAAAGAAUCGUGGACAUCCUUAAAGUGGAAGGAGAGCACAUCAAUAAUACGAUAAAUGAAGAUGAGACAUUUCACAAGUUUUUCAAAGAUAUCUCAUACAACUCCUUUAAAAAUUUAGCAGAUGCCUAUGUUGAGCAUGGAGUAAAUGCAAAGGUAACAGAAGUCUGUCCAGAAGUGAAGAAAUUUGCUUUUACAAUUGAUUUUACAGCAAAAGUUGCUGGCAUCUGCAGUCACACUGUGAACCGAAUAAUGGGUUUUGGGCACCAGUACCUCCAGGACACCUUUUCUGAGUUUCUGCAGUUUGAUCAGGAGCUUAUGGAUAAUACUGCAAGUCCAGAUUAAAAACAUUUCUCCAGAGUUACACCACCAAAGGAUUUAUGUAAAGCUAAACAAUGACCCAGAGAAAGACAACAGUUAAAAGAAAGUGGAAUAAAAGGUGCAAUGGAAAAGGAAAUGCACGUGUACUGUUGACGGGGAAAUGGAUAGAAUUGCUAAUUUAUUAUCACAUGCAGUGAGCACUGACUUGCACUUCCAGGAUUGCGGCAACUGCAGAGGUCACAAGAAGUUGAGCAAAUGACUCAUCCUUUCUUAACACAUUGUACACUGCUGGCAGUGCCUUUGUGAUAAGGAAACAUUGAAAUAUAGACAUAUUGCAUAAUGAGUUUACUAAUAAAAUAGAUUGCAACAAAUUGUCAGCAGACUAUCUGCUGAACAAAGAAAUGGGCGUCAGGACUUACAAUGGACAAUGACCUAUGUGUGUUUCAAAGCCAGGUGAGAGGUACCACAUUUCCUGUACCUUAACAUGUUGCCUAAGCACUGAUCAAUCAGUGUGUCUGAAACCAGUCUUCUUCAUUUUAAAAAAACUUACCUUAGGAAGGUUUUUGCUGCUACAUUUUAAUCUAAAACAGUAAGAGAGGUAAUGUUUCAGAGUAUAGUCUGCCAAGGAAGCUUAUUCACUGGUUAUACAUAUGUGACCAUAACUUUUGUUAUUAGUAUCACACACUGAGAAUCCUGUUUCUCCCAUGUGCUCUAUUAAAAUCUUAAGUUAGCCUAUUAUGGACUGCAUAUGUAUCAGUGUCCAACAAUGUUCUUUAGAGUAAUUACUGUGUCACACUGUAUCACAUUGAGUCGCACCUUCUUCUUGUAUUUGAACUUAUUUCCAUAAGGCAACCAUAUAUUAUGUACCGAGUCUACACAUGCCUUAUGAAAGAUUACCAUGAAAUCACAGUUUAUUUAUGUUAGCCCAUUUUUACUGAGCACCGUGUGCUGUUUUGUUUCUGUAUUUUUGUACUAAGUUUAUUUAAAUCAAAUAAUAAAUGAGUGUGCCAU